AUGACCGCUUGCUUGCCGCCAAACUUGUUGGCGUUGUUCGAAGCUCGACCGCCAAUUCCAUACCUGCCACCACCUACGGAUUUGCUUAUCGACAAAAGAGAAAAAGGAAAAUGUACUACUAUCACGGGGAUCGGUGAAUAUGUUGGCUUAUUUGAGGAUCCGAUGGACACCCCUCCAAAGCCGAUUAUUGAAACGAAAGCGGAGAAGAAGGAGAGGAGAAGACGGGAGAAAGAGGAGCUAUUAGCUUAUAAGGUAGAGCAAGGUAUUGCGCAAUGGAAUCCUGCAGAUAAUCCGAAUGCCACGGAAGAUCCGUACAAGACGCUUUUCGUCGCUAGAAUUAAUUAUGAAACCUCCGAAAAUAGAUUGAAGCGUGAGUUUGAAACCUAUGGAAAGAUAAAGAAGCUGGCGAUGAUCCACGAUUUGAAUGGGAAACCGCGAGGGUAUGCAUUCAUAGAGUACAGUGAUAAAGCGGAAAUGUCUAAUGCUUACAAACGGGCCGAUGGAACCAAAGUUGAUGGACGUAGACUUAUCGUUGACUAUGAAAGAGGUCGUACUCAGAAAUCGUGGUUACCCAGAAGACUCGGUGGUGGUAAGGGAGACACUCGACGUGCGCGUGAGUCUCGUGCUGCGAUUGAAGAACGUGAAGCUGCCGGACUACCUCCAUUGGAUGGUCCGCGUGACCGCGAUCGCGACCGAGAUUCUCCUCGUGCUCCUCCACGAGACAGUCAUCGUGAUUACGACAGGAAUGGGUCUUCAAAACACCGUAGUCGUUCACGUGAUCGUGCAAAUAACCGCAUCAGUGAUCGUGGAAAUGAUCGCUACGAUCGUGACCGUGGUUAUGGUCGGGAUCGAAGGUAG